GGGGUUCGGAAGACCGAGGAAGCCUGAUUUUCCAUUUAUCCAGAUAAAUUUGUGAUCCGGGCUGAGGCGCAACAGGGAUUAAACCCUCUAGCGCUAAUCUAGUUUUAUUCUGUGAUAAAAGAAUGGACAACUACAGUGUGUGGAUUAAUUUAACGGAUGUUCUGUCGGAACUGGACGGGAUGGACAGGGCGGAAGAGGAGGAUGGAGGAGAAGGUGGAGGACUGCGCAUCUUCUUGGGCUGCUUCCUGUUCCUGCUCAUCGUGUCCACGCUGCUCGGGAACACGCUCGUGUGCGCGGCUGUGAUCAAGUUCCGCCACCUGCGGUCCAAAGUGACCAACUUCUUCGUGAUUUCGCUGGCGGUGUCCGACCUGUUCGUGGCGGUUCUGGUGAUGCCGUGGGAGGCCAUCACAGAGGUUACCAACACCUGGCUGUUUGGAGGAUUUUGUGACGUCUGGAUCACCUUUGACAUCAUGUGCUCCACUGCCUCCAUCCUCAACCUGUGUAUGAUCAGCGUGGACCGGUACUGGGCCAUCGCCAGUCCCUUCAGGUAUGAGAGAAAAAUGACCCACCGGGUCGCCUUUGUGAUGAUCGGAGUGGCGUGGACCCUGUCCAUUCUCAUCUCCUUCAUCCCGGUCCAGAUGAACUGGCACCGGGCUGAGGAGGAAGAAUUGGUGCUGGCCAGGAACUUCAACAACACCAGCCCCAUGGCGUCCAUGAGCUGUGUUGCCAAUUUGAACAGAACCUAUGCCAUCUCCUCCUCCCUCAUCAGCUUUUACAUCCCUGUGGUGAUAAUGCUUGCUACCUACACUCGGAUCUAUCGCAUUGCUCAGACCCAAAUCCGUCGCAUCGCAUCAUUGGAACGGGCAGCGGAGCAGGCCCAGUUCCAAGGUCAUGGUGUGAACAGCAACCAGCAGCAGAACCGGACCAGUGAUGAGGCCUCCUUAAGGUCAUCAUUCAAGAAGGAAACCAAAGUUCUAAAGACUCUUUCGAUCAUAAUGGGGGUGUUUGUGUUUUGCUGGUUGCCGUUCUUUGUCCUGAACUGCACUGUGCCUUUCUGUGACCCCCCAUGUGUCAGCGACACCACCUUCACCAUUUUUGUCUGGUUCGGGUGGGCCAACUCAUCCCUCAACCCGGUCAUCUAUGCGUUUAACGCAGACUUCCGUCGAGCAUUUGUCAUGAUUCUGGGCUGUAACCGCAUCUGCUCCAACAACACGGUGGAGGCUGUGAACUUCAGCAAUGAGCUGGUGUCUUACCACCAUGACACCACUCUCCACAAGGAGGCGCCAGUUCCUGUCCAGCCACAGCAGUGUCCUCGCAAUCUGAGCAUGGGUUCUGACUGCCUGGAGGACAUGAGUGCACAGUUUGAAGAGGAGUCCAACAUAUCCAAUGGUUCCCUAAGCCAGGACAGGCUGAUGCUGCUUCCAGUUGCAGUCCAACUCCAGGACAAUGCAGAGAUUUCCUUGGAAACAGUUUCACCAAUGGCAUCAGUGACAGAGCUGGAGAGCAAUGCUCUGAUGCCAGGGCAGGUGCAACAGAUUGAUUAUAGCUCAGGAACGGCUGACUGACAACCAGGAUGAGACAGAAAGUCCACCUCCUUCAGAUAGACUCCUUCAUGUGCUUUUAAUAGUGAAGCUUUUAUUAUUUAUCGGUAGCUACACUGUGUUUCUGCAAACAAAACUCUGAUUUCCCACUAGAAGCCCCACCCACUCACCUGGCUUGAUUUGGGUGACAAAUAAAAUCCUUGUUGAGUCAUGAUGAGCUGGUUCCGAACUCCAUUAGAAGAGG